CCCACCUCAAAUCCCCGCCAAGACGUUUGUGGUGUGUGUGAGAAAUGAAGCUAUCUUCCUCAAAACAACACUUUCCUCUGUUUUCUCCUUCUAAUGGAGCCACCUCCAAGUUACACUUCACCACUCUCAUUAAACCCUCAUUUACACAUUCUCACCUCCAAUUUCCGUAUGUACAUGCUCUCGACGCUUCUUCCUCCGCCGCCGCAUCGUCUCCGGCACCGGUACUUCGCGAAGAUGCAAUUCCUGUCGAAUGCGAUGAUACUGGAAGUGAAGACGCAGAGGAACAAACAUUGGAGGAGCUACUUGUCGUUCGCAGGCCGGUGAUGGAGUCUACCGACGAUGGUGAGUAUGGAGAAGAUAACGACGUGGAAAGUGAGAUCGAAGUAGAAGAAAGUUCGUCUUCCACGUCGACGUCGACGUCAUCUGUGAUUGAUGUUAAUUUAUCUAAGUUUGCGAUGAAGAUGCCGAUUUUUGAGCCGAAGAGAGUUGGUUCUUCGAGCUCCGGUGACAAACCGCUCGGUGUUAAUUUAGAUCUGGCGUUGUAUAGAGCUAAAGUGUUGGCGAGGAACUUUCGAUACAAGGAAGCUGAAGAAGUUCUUCAAAAGUGCAUAUCAAUUUGGCCUGAAGAUGGGAGGUCUUAUGUGGCACUAGGGAAGAUAUUAGGCAAGCAAUCAAAAUCAACCGAAGCAAGAACAGUCUAUGAGAAAGGUUGUCAAGCAACACAAGGCGAAAACGCCUACAUUUGGCAGUGUUGGGCUGUUCUUGAAAACAAAAUGGGAAACAUAAGAAAAGCUAGACAGCUAUUCGAUGCUGCAACAGUAGCUGAUAAGAAACACGUUGCAGCAUGGCAUGGAUGGGCAGUUUUGGAAUUAAAAGUUGGAAAUGUGAAAAAAGCUAGAUAUCUUCUUAGUAAAGGACUCAAGAAUUGUGGUGGAAAUGAGUACAUUUAUCAAACACUUGCAAUGCUUGAAGCCAAGUCAAACCGGUUUGACCAAGCUCGAUACUUGUUCAGACAGGCCACUAAAUGUAACCCCAAAAGUUGCGCCAGCUGGCUCGCAUGGGCUCAGCUUGAGGUACAACAGGAAAAUUACCGUGUUGCCAGACAGCUUUUUGAGAAAGCUGUGGAAGCUAGUCCAAAGAACAGAUUUGCAUGGCAUGUAUGGGGAGUUUUUGAAGCAAAUGUUGGGAAUAUUGAUCAAGGAAGAAAAUUACUAAAAAUUGGUCAUGCAUUGAAUCCAAGAGACCCUGUUUUACUUCAAUCACUUGGGUUGUUGGAAUACAAACAUUCAGCUGCAAAUCUUGCUAGAGCUUUAUUCAGAAGAGCAUCAGAAUUAGACCCAAGGCACCAACCAGUCUGGAUUGCUUGGGGUUGGAUGGAGUGGAAAGAAGGAAACAUCAAAACAGCAAGGGAACUUUAUCAACGAGCAUUAUCGAUCAAUUCAACAACCGAAAGUGCUGCGCGCUGUCUUCAGGCAUGGGGUGUUUUAGAACAGCGAGUUGGGAAUUUAUCAGCUGCAAGAAGACUGUUUAGAUCAUCAUUAAACAUAAAUUCCCAAAGCUAUGUCACAUGGAUGACAUGGGCUUCUCUUGAAGAAGAUGAAGGAAACUCCAUACGUGCUGAAGAAAUCAGAAACUUGUAUUUUCAACAGCGUACGGAAGUGAUUGAUGAUGGGUCAUGGGUGACUGGAGUGUUGGACAUGAUAGUAGAUCCAGCUAUUGAUAGUAUAAAGAAGCUACUCAACAUUGAUCAGAAUUCAUAUAACAAAAUGCAAGAUUCUUCCACUAAUGAAGAAGGAAAUGGUGUUGGUGAAAAUAAGACACAAGAAAGUGGAAGUGGGUUUAAUUUGGAUGGGUUUAUCAGAGAAAAACUUUCUCUUGAUGCAUCAAAAUUAGAUAUAGAUUUAGAAUCAAAAUCUAAUAAUUUUGUCGAGAGGAAAAGCAUGUCUCUUAGAAAAGUUUGGAGACCAAGUAAAAAGGUGGUCUCCGUAUAAUAAGUCAUUUGAUCAAAAUUACUUGGUAUCUAAUGUCUUAAGUAUAUGUUUGACAUCAACCAUGAUAGUUAAAAGAUACAUUCACAAACAAACUGUCUGAAACAUUCAUCCAUUAAUACAGACACCAGUUUUGCACCCA